CCUUUUUUGUCGAUCUCAAAGAUGCAAUGAAUUAUAAUAACCUUAAUCAAUAGCCACCUACUCCAUAUAUUGUAUAGAGCAUGAUAAUGUUGAACCACAUCCCUAUUUCAUAGUUAAACAUUUGACUUCCGGUACAGUGUGUCGUCUUCAAAUAUCCCCAUUUGAUCCCGCCCACUCCCUGGUGUCCUCCUAACAAAUACAUAAUAACUACUUGCGAAUGCAAUUAAGGUCCUCCCCCGUAAAUUCACACCGGAGACAAUUGCAAACACAAUAAAUUCAAUGGAACUAAUAGCAAUGGAAUCAUAUAUAAGUAUGCCUAUAAAAUAGACGUUUGGAUAAAGUGUAGAUAUGCUGUGAAAUGGUUGCCUUUGGCUUUACUGUUAGAUCGGGGAAAUCUAUCAUCGCAGGCAGUCGUCACAGGUCAUCGGUUUUUCCUCUCCAUCCUGAGUAUCCAUUUAUUCAUCGGGUCGACGUCGUUAUCACCUUCGGUUGGCCGGCCUCCUGACGGGGCGGGAACACACAAGGCAGCCUUGAUCACAUAAAAUGUCCCCAGGGACUUAGUUCCACUCUACAUGGAGAGCGUAAACACCAUCCGAAACCCGCGCGGCAACCCCUGUUCUUUCCAGCUUAAUCUGUGCAUACCGCGAGCUUUGCGCACGUAUGGAGGGGCAAGGCGGGCCAUAUUGUCAUAAAUGCCUCUGAGAGUUUUUAAUUUCCUGCUGACAUUUGUGGGCUAGUUUGGUGCAGUGUGCGCCUCAUUCAUCACCGCCCCGGAAGAUGAAAUAACGCGCCGUUACCCAUUGGCCAACGCCUCGCGACCACCUGACCGAUGACUGGUGUCAUGAUCAUGCCGUCGGCUUUCACAUGACUUACCCCAGAGCCCUGCCCAGAGCUAACCCUCCGGACUUUGGGAAGCAGGUCAGAGGUACAUCAUUAUGUAGCCCCGCGCCAAACACUCACGCAGAGUACCUCUCCCACAUCCUUACUGAAACGUCAUUCUCGGUGCAACAGGAUCCCGUGGUCAUGGCAGGCUCCCGGAUUUCCCGCCAACUCGUUUGAUUGCUAGAUUCGCAGACGACAUUUGACGACGUCUGAUGGGACCGUCCUGGAGAGAGAUCCCGUCCAUAUCGUCUGCCUUCGAGCCCGGGUCUUCCAGCUGACCACAUGAAGAAUUUAGACAACGAGAAAAAAGAGGGGAACACGCUGCAAUUUUCAUGGACUGUCCCAAAUAUUGACGAUUGCCGGUGGCGUAUUGGAGAAUGACGUCGACGGCCAUCUGUUAAAGAUGAUGAGGGCCGCUGUGCGCCAUUGUGCCGCGCGUAGAUAGCAUUUCAUACCCAUAUCUGCUGUCAAAUUACCCUCGCUGCUUUCACGGAUCAAGUGCAUUUGGCGUCGGGACAGGGGGACGGCAGGAUGCUUCUCUACGUGCUGUUGGCAACUGGGUUCUUCGUCAACGGCUGCCUUGGUCUGGAGGCCAGGGAGAAGCUGUACCGGGACCUGUUUGUGAAGUACAAUAAGGUACCACGUCCGGUCAAAAACGUCACAGACAAGGUCACCAUCAAGUUCGGCAUCGCCAUAUCACAACUCAUAGAUGUGGACGAGAAGAACCAAGUGUUGACAACCAGCGUCUGGCUUAGACAGGAAUGGUUCGACUACAAGCUAAACUGGCAACCGGAAGAUUAUGGGAACUUGACGUACAUCCGGGUACCUUCAACAGAGAUAUGGGUCCCGGAUGUUGUCCUCUACAACAACGCCGACGGCAGCUUCGACGUUGCAGCGAAAACCCGUGCCCAGGUGUUCCAUGACGGCCGGGUGCGCUGGAUCCCGCCGGCCAUCUACAAGAGCUACUGUUACAUCGACGUGCGCUUCUUCCCGUUUGACCAACAGAACUGCUCUAUGAAAUUCGGCACGUGGACGUACGAUUUCACACUGGUAGACAUGACCGUGUGGGAAGAUGCCAUGGACAGAGCAAACUUCCGGGAGUCCGGAGAAUGGAUUGUGAUAGACGCUCCCAUCUAUCGCCACGUGGAGGACUACGCCUGCUGCCCUCCUUAUGUAGAUGUCACAGGUUACCUGGUCAUACAGCGACUCCCCCUUUUCUUUACCGUGAACUUGAUCGUCCCCUGUGUGCUUUUCUCCUUCAUCUCCCUCUUUGUUUUCUACCUCCCUUCCAAUUGUGGUGAGAAAAUAACUCUGAGCAUUUCUGUCCUGCUGUCAUUGUCUGUGUUCCUCCUGGUCAUCUUCAACACCAUCCCAUCCACUUCAUUGGCUGUGCCGCUGAUUGGAAAAUACCUCCUCUUCACCGUAACCAUGGUGGCAACGUCAAUCACGGCUACAGUGUUUGUGUCGAACAUUUACCACCGCUCGGGCAGCACCCACGACAUGUCCGAGUGGGUCAGAGUCGUGUUUCUGCGCUGGCUUCCCGGGAUCCUUUGCAUGAGGCGACCCGGAGACGAGGCUUCCAUCGAGAAAGACCUCCACAUGUCGCUCCCGGAUCUGGAGGAGACCAAGCUGGCCACAGCUCUUCAGUACGUUAAGAUGAGACGGAUGAGGGCAAGACGGCAAACAGGCGAGGAACAGGAAGAAUAUAAGAAGUGUCCCGUAAGGACUAUAGAAGCACCGGAGGAAGCAAGGCCGGCGUUAGAGGGGCUGGAGUACGUCACUAGUUUCCUGAAGAGGCAGGAUAAAUGUGAUGCGUUGGAGGAGGACUGGAACUACAUCGCCAUGAUCAUAGACCGGAUCUUCCUGUGGAUUUUCUCCGUCGUCUGUCUCCUGGGAACCGGCUGCAUCUUCCUCGAGCCCUUCGUCACGGAGAACGAGGCAACGCCGGCGUGAUACCAACAUCAUCCGGAUCCCUCCGCACAAGGAAACGGCAAUACGAUACCACACUCAUCUUUAACGAAAGCAACUACUGUAUUGUAUUGUUAUAUUUGUAAACAACAGUGAUGACCUUUAAUGCACCGUAUGUGUUCAUCCCCAGUGACAAAGAGUAACGUAAGAUGAUAUAACUGUUUAGAUUUUUAACAUGUCAUCCAAGUUUAAAACAUGCUUAUGGCAAUUUUUUGUGAUGGACAUUCCAAACUUAUCCAUAGCAGUUGUUCCAAGCGUUACAAUGUCCGGGAGUAAGCUUCUAGAUCUGAUUUGUAUGUAAAUUUAGAAAUAGAGGUAUAUUUUUAGACUGACUCGCACAUAGAGCUAUGUUUGUACAACGAUGUAGACUUUGUAGUUGAAGCUUGCAGAAAUAGUAAAGCGUCACCAGUAAUUGUACCCCGUAAUACGACAUGAUAGCAUUUAAGAUAUUGCAAAUAUUAGCAAUUAUAUAGGCAACUACUUUCAAAUUUGUGGUCAAGUUGGAAGCCUAUGUCUGGUCUGAUGACCUCGCAUUACAGUCUGGUCACCUAAAACAAAAGAAAAUAAAUCGUAUUUCUGCAGAAUAUAUAUUUAAGUGGUUAAAAAGUAAGACGUUCGCCCAAAGUACUGUGCUUAUUUUUGUGUGCCAUUGAAAAUACUGGCAUUAUAAAAAAAUGUUAGACGAACUAAGGGUACAAUGUAAUUCCAUGUACUAUUAAUAAAGAGAUUAUUGUCCAAUUUUGUUCUGAUACAAUCACCACUACAUAUAUGAGGUGUAUGUUAGUAUGCAGCAGACAGUAAAUUAAUGUUAGCCAAUACGUUAUGAAGGUUGCUACGAAGUUAUGAAGUCAGUGUGUCUUAGGCAUCCUCCUCAAGCUGACCAGUGACCAUACUAAAACUGGACAGGGCAAACCACAGGCUAAUACAGACCAGUCACGUGACUAUUGAUCAGUAGGUGAAAGAUUUCGUCAUCGAUUUCCGCUCUUCAGUAAUAAAGUUCCGGAGGUCGAUAGGAGGACCCAGGUGUGGGAGGGAAAACGUGUUAAAAUAGAUGGAAACUGAACGGACUAAUUAUGACGAAACCAGCUCCGGCCCUGCACAUUUAAAGCCAGGCUUUCAACCAUACAAUCAAUAGCU